AGUGUUUCAUCUUUUCCAAUAUGCAAAAUAACUGUUGCCAUGCUUCCCAACUGAGGACGCUGCGCAGCCACUUCCUGAAGGUGGAGGUCACUCACACACCAUUUCUCACAUCUGUGUUUACAGUAAAGUUUAUCAGAAACCUGAUUUCUAGGAUGGGACAGCUGACUGCAACCGACACACACCAUUCUCACUGCCACUGAAACUUAAUGUUCAAUGGGGGAAAAUUGUUUUGAAGCCUGAAUCUACUCUCUGACUAGAAGAACGAACAGAAUACACUGGCUGUAAAGCCCGGCGUGCCCCGCUCUCUGCAGCCAGCAAGCUCUCCUGCAGCCCGAUCGCUCGGACACGAGCCUCCGUGUCCUGGAUCCCCAGACCCCCGGGAGUGGGAGGCUCAUCCCACCGCCCGCUGGAGUCUCCACCCCCUGAGUGCAUGGUUAAGUAGGACGGGAGCUGCUCAGAGACAUCAGAGACGCAGAAAACACAACGCCAGGCUGGUCAGGGGAGGAAAUCAUCAGCAGAAUACAGAAGAGAAAAAGCAAAAAGAUAACUUGAGGAGGUGAUGUGGAAAACACUCGGAAUGGAAGGCAGACUCCUCUGUCUCCUGCUGGCGGGAGCAAUCGUGACUGCUCAGUGCCAGGACUUACACACGCGUUUCAGACGGGGAGCCAGAUCUAGAGCCAUUUGCACAGACAAUUCAUCUGCAGAAAUGUACCACCACAGGGGGACCUGGCUGAGGCUCUCAGGGAGCAGAAUAGAAUACUGUAGGUGCGACAGCGGUCGGAGUCGCUGCCACACUGUACCUGUCAGAGCCUGCACUAGAAAUAAAUGCUACAACGGGGGCCAAUGUUCACAGGCGUAUUAUUCCCCACAGCUCUUCGUCUGCCAGUGCCACCAAGGUUUCUCUGGGAAGCAGUGUGAAAUAGAUACUGAAGCUCAGUGCUACAAAGAUGCUGGAGUAACAUACAGGGGUACCUGGCGCAUGACAGAGAGUGGAACCCAAUGUUUAAAUUGGAAUAGCAAUGGCUUGCUGGACCGAACAUACAGCGGGCGAAGAGAAGAUGCUGCUGAGCUGGGACUGGGCAACCACAACUAUUGCAGAAACCCAGAUGAGGAUUCCAGACCUUGGUGCUAUAUCUACAAAGGGGGAAAGUACACCUGGGAACACUGCAGUGUGCCGUCCUGCUCAAAAGUUGGAAAUAUCAACUGCAAAUCUGGAAGAGGCACAGAUUACCGAGGCGGCCACAGUGUUACCAGUUCUGGAGCUACCUGUUUGAGGUGGAAUUCUCGAAUCCUUGUCAACAAGUUAUAUACUGCUUGGAGAAGAGAUGCUUACCAGCUGGGCCUUGGUAGUCACAAUUUCUGCCGGAAUCCUGACAACGACAGCAAGCCCUGGUGCCAUGUACUGAAAGGAAAUCAGCUCACGUGGGAGUACUGCAAUGUGCCUACUUGCUCCACCUGCGGCUUACGGCAGCGCAGGGCACGGCAGCACAGGAUUAAAGGUGGCUCCUACGCAGACAUCGCAGCCCACCCGUGGCAAGCUGCCAUCUUUGUGAAAUACCGCCGAGCGCCUGGAGAGCACUUCCUCUGCGGAGGAAUCCUGAUCAGCUCCUGCUGGGUUCUGUCAGCCGCCCACUGUUUUGAGGAAGGCUUUAGUACAAAUCAGCUGAAGAUUGUGCUGGGCAGGACUUCCCGAGCAACUCCUGAGGACAAUGAACAAAAGUUCCAAGUGAAGAACUACACUGUGCAUCAGAGAUUUGACUCGGAAAAUUUCAACAAUGAUAUUGCUCUGUUGCAGUUGGACUCAGAUGCAGAAGACUGUGCUGUCGAAACAGCCACUGUGCGUGCCGCCUGCCUCCCAACGCCAGGACUGCAGCUGCCCGACUGGACUGAAUGCGAGAUCUCUGGUUACGGCAGAAAUGAAGAAUUUUCUCCAUUCUAUUCAGAGCACCUGAAGGAAGGCCACGUCAGACUGUUUCCAGCCAGCCGGUGCACACCCCAGCAUCUAGACAACCGGACAGUUACAGACAAUAUGUUAUGUGCAGGAGACACCAGGCAUCUUGACGAUGCCUGCAAGACAUGUCAUAUCUUAACACAGGGCUGGGCCAGUGAAGACACGCUGACACCUCAUCCCCUCAUAGAAAACAAGACCUACGUGACUGACAUGGUACAUUUUUGGCCUGAAGAGCGAGCAAAUCCACUCCUUGAACUCAGUGAAACGUAACUCAGCCUACACUCGUGUUCUGAUUGGCACCUGGAAGAAAAGGCUCACAUGAUACUCGUUUGACCAAGCACCCACAUCUCCUGCGCUCUGGCAAGUCUGGUCACAAGACAUUUCAAAUCGAGAGAACACAAUCCUGUUGUUGGCAGGCAGAGGACAGAAAUCUUCACUAUUUCUCUAAACUGACCAGCAGUGGUAUUGGCCGUAGCACAGAGGCUGCUCUGGGGCAACUCCUGUGACCGACUUCCACAGGAAGCAAAUACGCUUCCAAUAUCACUAGAUGUAAGCACAUAGGCAGGUUGUCACUAAUUGACUAAAACGCAUAGCCAUGAAUCGCAAAAACUCCUUGUAAGAACGAGGUCUUAGUUCACAGGUCCUUGAAGAAAUGCGGCUGCAAACCAGAGAUGUAAAUCUUGGUUGCUGAGAGGUCCCUCCUGUACACAGAGGCUGAUCUUGAAUCCCUCGCCAUCCCAACGUACAUCCCUCAUCACCUCCAGGCCUCCGGAUCCUCACAGGUGCAGGAUAAGAAUUACGAGGCACUAAAAAGAGAAAACUAAGGGCUGCUGGCUGGAAGGGCUCCCCGCUCGCCUCUCGUCCCGCUCCCCUUCUCCCCGCGGCGGUGACCGAGGGCUCUGGCUCCCGCAAAGCCCGGCACAUGCCGACCGGCCCCCGCUCCGCCGCACCUG